AUGCCGUACGCAGCAGCCACAAGGACGUCACCGGAGCAGCACAGCCGUGUGGUCACCAACGGGAGGGCCCCGGUGGCGUGCGCGGGGCACGCGGGCGUGCCGGCCGAGGUGGCGCGGCACCACGAGCACACGGUGACCCCGGGGCAGUGGUGCUCCGUCAUGAUGAGGUCCAUCGCGGCGCCGGCGGACGCGGUGUGGUCGCUGGUGCGGCGCUUCGACCAGCCGCAGGGGUACAAGCACUUCAUCAGGAGCUGCCAAGUCGUGGACGGCGACGGCGUCGAGGUGGGAUCCGUGCGGGAGCUCGAGGUCGUAACCGGGCUGCCCGCCGAGAACAGCCGCGAGCGGCUGGAGAUCCGGGACGACGAGCGCCGGGUGAUCAGCUUCCGGAUCCUGGGCGGCGACCACCGCCUGGCCAACUACCGCUCGGUGACCACCGUGCAUGAGGCGGCGUCACAGAACGGGCCGCUCACCAUGGUUGUCGAGUCCUACGUGGUGGACGUGCCGCAGGGGAACACCGUCGAGGAGACGCGCAUCUUCGUGGACACCAUCGUCCGGUGCAACCUCCAGUCCCUCGAGCGCACGGUCAUCAGGCAGCAGGCGUUGGCGGCAGUGCAGCACAUCAACAACAACAACCACAACUGA